AGGCGGAGGGCGCUGCGAUUGGCCCUCGGCUGUGGCGACGGCGACGAUUGGCUCCUGCGUGCGGAGCGAGGAGAGCAGAGUGGCGGCCGUUGGAAUUCAAAAGUGGCGGGUGUGGCGCGGGGCUGGAGGGCACAGGAGCCCGGAGUGCGCGUGCUGUGCGUCGCGAGCAGGCGGGAGAACGCGGGUCCCCGCAGCCCCAGCGCCCUGUCCUCCUCUACUGCGCUCCCUUGACGCGUGUGGCACGGAGCUGGACAUGGAGCCGCAGCAGAGGUCACCCUUGUUGGAAGUGAAGGGGAACAUAGAGGUGAAGAGACCCCUGGUCAAGGCCCCUUCCCGGCUGCCUCUCCCAGGAAGCAGAUUUAAGAGGGGGCCUGACCAGAUGGAGGAUGCCUUGGAGCCUGAGAAGAAAAGGACACGAGGCCUGGGCACAGCGCCCAAAAUUGCCACAUCCCGCCCCAGAGCACCAGCCCUCACCACAGUGCCACAGACACAAGGCCAGACCGCAGCACCAAAAGUUCCCAAGAAGACAGGACCCCGAUGUUCCACAGCUAUUGCCACAGUGUUGAAGAAUCAGAAGCCAGGCCCUGCUGCUGUUCCUGCCCAGAAGCCUGGCACAGCAGCUGCUCCUUCCAUGCUGGUGGGGAAGAAACCCAGCAAACGUCCGGCCUGGGACUUAAAGGGUCAGUUAUGUGACCUAACCGCAGAGCUGAAAUGCUACCGUGAGAGGACUCAGACGCUGGACCAGGAGAACCAACAGCUGCGGGACCAGCUCAGGGAGGCCCAGCAGCAGGCCACAGUCCUGGGGGCAGAGCGCAGGACACUGGAAGGGGAGUUGGCCAGGGUACAGGCCCAGGCUGAGCAGGGCCAACAGGAGCUGGGGAACCUGAGUGCCCGUGUCCUGGAGCUGGAAGAGCGGCUAGGCACGCAGGAGAGCUUGGUACAAGAGCUCCAGAAAGAGCAGUUGGGAUUGCAGGAGGAGCGGAGGGGACUGGCUACCCGGCUGGAGGAGCAGGAGAGGAGGCUGCAGACAUCAGAAGCAGCUCUGUCAGGCAGUCAAGCGGAGGUGGCAUCUCUACGUCAGGAAACUGUGGCCCAGGCGGCCUUACUGGCUGAGCGAGGAGAACGUCUCCAUGGGCUAGAGAUGGAGCGUCGACGACUACACAACCAGCUCCAGGAACUCAAAGGCAACAUCCGAGUAUUCUGCCGGGUCCGCCCUGUCCUUCCAGGGGAGCCUACCCCAUCCCCUGGCUUCCUCCUGUUUCCCUCCGGCCCUGGUGGGCCCUCUGACCUUCCAACCCGUCUCAGCCUCUCCCGGUCUGAUGAGCGGCGUGGGACCCUGAGUGGGGCACCAGCCCCCCCUACCCGCCAUGACUUCUCCUUUGACCGGGUGUUCCCACCAGGGAGUGGACAAGACGAAGUGUUUGAGGAGAUUGCCAUGCUUGUCCAGUCAGCCUUGGAUGGCUACCCAGUAUGCAUCUUUGCCUACGGCCAGACAGGCAGCGGCAAGACUUUCACAAUGGAGGGUGGGCCUGGGGGAGACCCCCAGGUGGAGGGGCUGAUCCCUCGGGCCCUGCGGCACCUCUUCUCCAUCGCUCAGGAGCUGGGUGGCCAGGGCUGGACCUACAGCUUUGUGGCAAGCUACGUAGAGAUCUACAAUGAGACUGUCCGAGACCUGCUGGCCACUGGGACACGGAAGGGCCAGGGGGGUGAGUGCGAGAUUCGCCGGGCAGGGCCAGGGAGCGAGGAGCUUACUGUCACCAAUGCCCGAUAUGUUCCUGUCUCCUGUGAGAAAGAGGUGGAGGCCCUGCUCCAUCUGGCCCGCCAGAACCGGGCUGUAGCCCGCACAGCCCAGAACGAGCGGUCAUCACGCAGUCACAGUGUGUUCCAGCUGCAGAUCUCUGGGGAGCAUGCUGCACGAGGCCUGCAGUGCGGGGCCCCCCUCAGUCUUGUGGACCUGGCCGGGAGCGAGCGGCUAGACCCUGGCUUAGCCCUUGGCCCUGGCGAGCGGGAACGCCUUCGGGAAACACAGGCCAUUAACAGCAGCCUGUCCACCCUGGGGCUGGUCAUCAUGGCCUUGAGCAACAAGGAGUCCCACGUGCCUUACCGGAACAGCAAGCUCACCUACCUGCUGCAGAACUCUCUGGGCGGCAGCGCUAAGAUGCUCAUGUUUGUGAACAUUUCCCCGCUAGAAGAGAAUGUCUCCGAGUCCCUCAACUCCCUUCGCUUUGCCUCCAAGGUGAACCAGUGUGUGAUUGGCACUGCUCAGGCCAACAGGAAAUGAAGACAGAUCCAGAUCCUCUGUGCAGGGGGGAGGGGGGCGGCUGAGGGAUGCUUUAUUGGGAGGGGUUGCUGUGUUACCUGGGCUUAUCAAAUGAAGUUUUUUGUUGUUUUUUAAAAAAUAAAGAUUG